GAACUAUUCGUUCAGGAAACGGAACACGAAUAGGAUGUCUGCCGGUAGAUGCGGAGCCAUUAAUAGAUGACUGGAAUCUAGACCGAUAUUAAUAAUGGCUGGCCUACAGCCUCAGGACGAUCUUUUGAAAAUGUCCCACGGAGAAACUUGGAAGAUGCAGCACGAGAGGCUGCAUGUAAAGCACCGAGGUCAUGAGGCCAUGCAUGCCGAGAUGGUUCUUAUUCUCAUCGCCACGCUAGUGGUCGCUCAGAUUGUUCUGGUUCAGUGGAAACAAAGACAUUGCAAAUCCUACAAUAUGGUCACACUAUUGCAGAUGUGGGUGGUUCCUCUGUACUUCACUAUUAAACUUUACUGGUGGCGUUUCCUGUCUACAUGGGGAAUGUUCUCCGUCAUCACCAGCUAUGUCAUAUUCAUAGCCACGCGCAAACCUCUCUCCCGCAGAACCCCACGGAUGGUCUAUAAGUGGUUCCUCCUCAUUUACAAGCUGAGCUACGCUGUGGGUGUGAUUGGAUAUCUCGCCAUCAUGUUUACCAUGUUUGGAUUCAACGUUUUUUUCAGGAUUAAAGCAGAAGAUUCAAUGGAUGUUGGUGUGAUCAUGCUUUUCUACGGUCUGUACUAUGGGGUAAUGGGACGUGACUUUGCUGAAAUCUGUUCAGACUAUAUGGCAUCCACUAUAGGGUACUAUAACAUGGGUGGCAUGCCGUCCCGAAAUCUUAGCGAUGAUGUGUGUGCUGUGUGUGGUCAGAAGAUUUUUGUGGAUGUAGAUGAAGAAGGCAUCAUUGAGGACACCUACCAGCUCUCCUGUAACCACAUAUUUCAUGAAUUCUGUAUUCGUGGCUGGUGCAUCGUGGGAAAAAAGCAGACGUGUCCAUAUUGCAAUGAGAAGGUGGACCUCAAAAAGAUGAUGAAUAACCCCUGGGAGAGAACACAUGUUCUGUAUGGACAACUUCUGGAUUGGUUGAGGUACCUGGUAGCCUGGCAACCCAUCAUAAUUGGAAUCGUGCACGGAAUAAACUUUUCACUUGGACUUGAAUAGACACCUACAAGUAUUUGAUUCUGUUGAAAACUGCAUUGUGUUGACCUUUUUGAAUAUUUAUUUGUAAAUUGGACAAAUUGUACACUUUAUAAUAUAAAUCCAACAGCAGCUUUUGCUUUGUAAUUUAUUAGACACACAGAAACAUUCAUUCAGACACACACAACUCCUUCAGAAGUGACCUACGCUGAUGCAUCAGAGACCUACAGAAGCCCCUCUACAGCUGCUGUCCAUCACUCCUAAACAGAACUGUGCCUCAUAUCAUCCAUCUGGCUGUCUGUCUGUCUAAACGUUUAGCAUUUUAUUGGUGGGUUUUAUGUAAUUGUGGAUAUUGAAUGAUUAUGUUUUUAUCAGGGUAAAAUGAAGAGGGGUGAGAGGUGAUCAAAUCGUAAAAUCAGUGUUUUUUGGUUUUGUUUAACAUUAAGCUGGUCAGGAUGUCAAACCCCAUGAUGCAACCUGCUUUGUUGAAAAUAAAACCCUUUUUAUGUGGUUA